UCGUUUAAACGACGUUCUCGUAAUCGCUACUAUUGUUUAUUUCUAAGCAUUUCAAAGUGUUCGAAAGGAAAGAAAAGCAAAAUGAAUCCAAAUAAUAGACUAGUUUCGGAGAUAAUUAGAAACAGAGAUACGGAAAAACCAAAAAAGAGAAGUAGAGAGGAUUUGAGAAAAGCUAAAGAAUUAGAAGAAGCUAUGAAAGCUGGUACUGCACCAGCUGCUGUUAAAGAAAAAAAAGACAUCAAUCCUCAUAUUCCACAAUAUAUAGCAACUGCUACUCCGUACUUUGGUUCUUCCUGUCCCACUCUGAAACAUCAGCGACUUCAGCCAGAAAGACAACAAAGUUAUACCAAGAUCAAAGAACAUUUUGUUAGAGGACUAAAGCGGCCAAGAAAAAGAGGUGCCAAAUUCACAAAUGAAAAUAUUGCCGAAGACAAAGUUAUUUCGCCAGAUUUAAAUUUGGACUACGAUGGAAAAAGAGAUCGAUGGAACAGAUAUGACCCUGCAAAUUAUCAAGCCGUUGUGGAAGAAUUUGCAAAAGUCGAAGAGGCUAAAAGGCAAUUAAAAAAGGAAAAAUUAAAGCAAGAUCUUUUAUCUAGUGAAGUUAGCACUAUAAAAGAAACAAAUAAUGAUGAUGAAGACGAAGAAAAAUACGCCGAGAAUGCGAACAUGCCGGGUACAAAAUUUGACAGUGAACAACAAAUUACUGUUCGUAAUUUACGUAUAAGAGAAGAUACUGCAAAAUAUUUGAGAAACUUAGAUCCAAAUUCUGCAUACUAUGAUUCAAAAACAAAAGCCAUGAGAGAUAAUCCAUAUCAAGAAAGUAAAAAUUCAGAAGAGUUUCAGUAUGCUGGAGAUAAUUUUGUUAAAGCUACCGGAGAUACGGAAAAACAUUCUCAAAUGCAGAUGUUUGCUUGGCAAGCAUAUGGGAAACGCGUGAACAUUCCAAAAAACCUUACUUUUCCACGAAAGGAGGAUUAUGUAGAAUGUUCUCGGCAUGGUGUCAUUUUGAAAGGAACUGAGAAACCGGUAGUUUGAUCUAAAUGAGAUGAUGAUGUUUUUAUCAAUAAUCAUACAGCCUCGCGUGUAGUCAUCUUGCCACUGGACAAUGACGAUGACUUAAGUUAUUAAGUCGAAUUCUGUAUGUGACUAGUUUACAGAUUUUUAAGAGAAAUAUGACACGAGUUCGUUCACACGUACAAACAGACUUACGCUUCAAGGAAGGAAAAAAAAGGCAUUUAUGCUAUUUUUAAUAUGUAAAAUACCGAGUACGUUUCUGCUCGUAAUAAAGUUUUUAAA